AGAAGCGACCGACACAGACCGGCGGGGGAGGCAGGCAGGCGGCGCAAAGGAAAGGAAAAAACGGGAGGGGGGUAACAUUCAGGCAGUGUCCCGUAUUUGGAAUAACCAGGACAAGAAUACAGUUAGUCUUUUUUUUUUUUUAAGUUUAUUUUUUUCUUUUUGACGUGAAACGAGUUUCUUUGUAACCUUCAACAGAAGAGCCGCAUUUUUUUUUUUUUUUUUUUUUUACCGACUGGACUGGAAACUCCUGAAGUAACUGCAGACAAACUAAGGAGACAUUUGGUUUCUGGACGAAGAAAUGGGAUUUAAAGAACAUAUCUAGAUGCCAGCAGUGAGUUUGAGGCAAACGAGGGGGACGCAUCCCAGCAGGAAAGAAGGAAGAACUACCGUAGAGAUAUUGGAAGUGUGUGCUUACUGCGUGUCCUCUGGUGAGGCGGGGGAAAGAUGGCAUUUAGAGGGGAAGAAAAGUAGCGUUAGCGUCCGUUCCCUGGCUAGCUCCGGAGCUAAGCUAGCAGCGGGCUGCUCACUAAGCCUGUGUCGCCCUUUCAUUCCUGGAGCAGAGGAGGGGCGCUGGGGCUCUCCCUAGCACUGCGGCUCUGCCGUUGCGUUUUAGGGCUCGCUGGGAGAAUGGAGAACCUCAAAUAGCUGCCUCGGCACCAGCUCAGGGAAGACUGUUAAUUUUUUCUUUUUAAAAAGGGGCACCAACUUGAUUAUAUACUGUUCCCCCCCCUCCAGCCCUCAGAGGAGAAGAGCGGAGAGAGCUGCAGGAAUCCACCGGCCUGGGGCAGCCUGGGACUAGCCUGCUUGUUUUCUUAUGCACCCGGAGGGGAGUAGGUACAGGGGGGGCUAAAAAAAAAAAAAUAUAUCGUUCACAUCUCACCCACCUUAUGGAUACUGGAUCUGUACGGGGAGAUCAUGAAAGGGUCGGUUUUGCGAACGGAACGAGCUCCAUUGUGCCCGCAACACAAAGUUUGAAUAUUUUCAAGACAUCCUCAAGCAGCUAACAGGCCUGACUAAACAUGUCGGGAGAGGUGCGUUUGAAGAAGCUGGAGAAGCUGCUCCUGGACGGCCCAGCUCAGUCUAAUGGCCAGUGUCUGAGUGUGGAAACCCUGCUGGAUAUACUGGUGUGUCUGUACGACGAGUGCAACAACUCCCCCAUCAGAAGGGAGAAAAAUAUCCUGGAGUUUUUGGAUUGGGCCAAACCUUUCACUUCCAAAGUGAAGCAGAUGCGUCUGCACAAGGAAGACUUUGAGAUCCUGAAGGUUAUCGGAAGAGGAGCGUUCGGCGAGGUCGCGGUGGUAAAAGUGAGAAACACGGAUAAGGUCUUCGCUAUGAAGAUUCUCAACAAGUGGGAAAUGCUCAAGCGAGCAGAGACGGCGUGCUUUCGAGAAGAGCGGGACGUUUUGGUGAAUGGAGACAGCCAGUGGAUCACCACCCUGCACUACGCCUUCCAGGAUGACAACAACCUGUACCUGGUCAUGGACUACUACGUGGGUGGCGACCUGCUGACCUUGCUGAGCAAGUUUGAGGACCGAUUGCCUGAAGAAAUGGCCAAGUUCUACCUUGCUGAGAUGGUGUUGGCCAUUGACUCCGUUCACCAGCUCCACUAUGUCCACAGGGACAUCAAGCCUGACAACAUUCUGCUGGAUAUGAACGGCCACAUCCGCCUGGCUGACUUCGGCUCCUGCCUCAAGCUCAUGGAGGAUGGGACGGUCCAGUCCUCUGUGGCAGUAGGAACUCCAGAUUACAUUUCCCCCGAGAUCCUCCAGGCGAUGGAAGACGGGAAGGGCAAGUAUGGACCCGAGUGCGACUGGUGGUCCCUGGGCGUCUGCAUGUACGAGAUGCUGUACGGGGAGACUCCUUUCUAUGCAGAAUCCCUGGUGGAAACCUACGGGAAAAUCAUGAACCACAAGGAGCGAUUCCAGUUCCCACAGCAGAUAACAGACGUGUCGGAGGAAGCGAAAGAUCUGAUUCGCCGCCUCAUUUGCAGUCGGGAACACAGGCUGGGUCAAAACGGCAUCGAGGACUUCAAACAGCACCCGUUUUUCACUGGCAUAGACUGGGACAACAUUCGUACUUGUGAGGCCCCUUACAUCCCAGAAGUCAGCAGUCCUACAGAUACCUCUAACUUUGACGUAGACGACGACUGUCUAAAGAAUUCGGAGACUAUGCCUCCUCCCUCUCAUACUGCCUUCUCUGGCCAUCACCUGCCGUUUGUGGGUUUCACCUAUACAAGUAAAUGUUCCCUAUCGGACCGGGGCUGCCUCCGACAGCUGGCCGUGGAUCCGGGCAAAGCAGGGCAGGGCCAGUUGGACCUGGAAGUCCAGCGCAGGCUGGAGGACAGCCUCGCCACCGAGGCCUACGAGAGAAGGAUACGUCGCUUGGAGCAGGAGAAACUAGAGCUGAGUCGCAAACUGCAAGAGUCGACUCAGGCUGUGCAGGCCCUGCAGCACCCAACAGGCGAGGGACCAGUCAGCUCCAACAAGGAAGUGGAGAUCAGGAGCCUCAAGAGCGAGAUCGACAUUCUCAAGAAGCAGAUUGCAGACUCAGGCCAACUGGAGAAGCAGCUGGAGGACGUGACAUCAGCACGCAGGGACCUGGAGGACUCGUCCAAACACAUCAAGAGUCUGGAGAAGCAGAUGAAAAGCCUCACACAGGAGAAGGACGACUUACAGAAGGGCCUUGUGGAGGCGGCUGAGAAAAUGAAGUCCCAGUCUAAAGAGCUGAAGGAGGCCCACAGCCAGAGGAACCUGGCCAUGCAGGAGUUUUCUGAGCUCAAUGAGAAGCUGACAGAGUUUAGGUCUGCAAAGCAGCGCCUGGUUCGCCAGCUGCGCGACAAGGAGGAGGAGAUGGAGAGCCAGAAUCAGAGGGUGGAGGCUCUCCGCCUUGAGGUGCGAAAGGCUGAGAGGGCCAAGAAGGAGAUGGAGGUUCAGGCUGAGGAGCAAGCCGCCGAGGCUCAGAAAGAGAAAAAGCUGAGAGAGCGCAACGAGCAGUACAGCCGCCAGCUGGAGGAGGAACUGGAAGGACUUAAGGUGAAGCAGGUUGGCUCUCCGGCCGCUCCGGCUUCAGCUGACCAGACGCAGGAGAUGGGGCGUCUGCGAGCAGAGAUGGAGAAGAAGACGCUGCUGUACGAGGAGGAGCUGGCGCGCAGAGAGGCUCAGCACAGCACCGAGCUCAAGGCGCUGCGCAAAGAGCUGAGGGACGCCGAGAGCCAGCAGCUCAACCUGCAGAAAGAGAUCCUGAUGCUGAAAGACAAACUGGACAAGAUCCGCCGGGAGAGUGGUGAUACUGUGAGCCAAAACGAGCGUGAAGAGUUUGAGACGGAGUACAAGCAGAAAUAUGAGCGUGAAAGAAUCCUCCUCACUGAGGAGAAUAAGAAGCUGUCCAGUGAAUUAGACAAGUUGAGCGGGAUGUUUGAGAAGGUGAGCAGCUCCAACGAGCAGCUGGAGGAACAGAUGAGGGAGCUGGCUGACAAAAAGGAGAGCGUGGCCCACUGGGAGGCCCAGAUCACCGAGAUCAUCCAGUGGGUGAGUGAUGAGAAGGACGCUCGGGGUUACCUUCAGGCUUUGGCCACUAAGAUGACCGAGGAGCUGGAGGGUUUGAGAAACACCAGCCUUGGAGCGAGAGCGACGGACAUGCCAUGGAAGAUGCGUCGCUUUGCCAAGCUGGACAUGUCGGCUCGUCUGGAGCUGCAGUCGGCGCUGGACACGGAGAUCAAAGCCAAGCAGAGCAUUCAGGACGAGCUGAAUAAAGUCAAGACAGACGGCAUUUCCACCGAAUGUAAACUGAAGGAGGUGGAGAGUAAAAACCAGGAGCUGCUGGCUGAGAUCGAGCGGCUGAAGAAGGAGACGGAGGAGCUCCGGCUGCGAAGAGGUGUCAAGCACCAGGAUUCCCAGAAUUCCUUCCUGGCUUUCCUCAACGCCCCCACCUCGGCCCUCGACCAGUUUGAUCGCUCGCCGUCCGUCGGCCCGACUAAAGGCAGACGUGUGGACUCCAUGGAUAACUUUACCCCUUCCAACACUCCAUCUCGGGAAGACGACCCCAAGUUCCACCUCAAGGCGCAUUCCCGUUCCCCUUCCAUGGCUAGCGACAUGGAGCCGAUAGAGCUGAUAGACCACCCAGGCCGAACUGUUCAGACCUCCACCAUGCGUUCAGGAGGUUACGGCAGCAUCGGACGCUCCUCACCAAAGCCCAAAGCACAUCAGUUUGUUGUCAAGUCCUUCAACGCGCCCACAAAGUGCAACCAGUGCACCUCCCUCAUGGUGGGGCUCAUCCGUCAGGGCUGCACCUGUGAGGUGUGUAAUUUUUCCUGCCACGUAACUUGUGCGGACAAAGCUCCAGCUGUGUGUCCCGUGCCCCAGGACCAGACCAAGGGCCCGCUGGGCAUCGACCCCCAGAGGGGCAUCGGUACUGCGUACGAGGGCUAUGUGAAGGUUCCCAAACCCACCGGCGUGAAGAAGGGCUGGCAGAGAGCCAUGGCUGUGGUGUGCGACUUCAAACUGUUCCUCUAUGAGCUGGGCGAAGGGAAGGCCACCCAACCAAGCGUCGUCGUCAGCCAGGUGUUGGAUAUGAGGGAUGAGGAGUUUUCAGUCAGCUCCGUUUUGGAGUCGGAUGUCAUCCACGCCAGCCGCAAGGACAUACCGUGCAUAUUCAGAGUGACAGCGUCCCAGCUCUCCCCCUCCAGCAGCCAAAAGGCGUCCAUCCUGAUCCUGGCCGACAGCGACCAGGAGAGGAACAAGUGGGUGUGUCUGCUCAACGAGCUGCACCGCAUCCUGAAGAAGAACAAGCUGAAGGAGCGCUUCGUCUACGUCCCCAAGGAGGCGUACGACUGCACGCUGCCCCUCAUCAAGACCACCCAGUCUGCUGCUAUCAUAGAUCAUGAGCGCGUCGCCCUCGGCAACGAAGAAGGCCUCUUUGUCAUCCAUGUCACCAAAGAUGAAAUAAUCCGUGUGGGUGACAACAAGAAGGUCUACCAGAUCGACCUGAUCCCCCAGGAGCAGCUGCUAGCCGUCAUCUCGGGCCGGAACCGCCACGUCCGCCUCAUCCCCACUCAGGCGCUGGACGGCCGCGAGACCGAAUCCAACAAGCUGACCGAAACGAAAAACUGCCAGAGUCUGGUGUCGGGGCCGAUCCGGAACGGCUGCCUCACCUGCCUCUGUGUGGCCAUGAAGAGUAAAGUCAUCUGCUACGAGGUGAAUAAGGGGAAAUUGCGCCACCGAGUGCUGCGGGAGCUUCAGGCCCCGGGGUCAGUCCAGUGGAUGGGCCUGCUCAACGAGCGUCUUUAUGUGGGCUACCAGUCCGGCUUCACGCGCUACAGUGUCCAUGGCGACGUGUCCCCGGUCAGCCUGCUGCACCAUGAGGACCACACCCUGGCCUUCAUCCUGCAGCAGGGCCUGAGCGCGCUGUGUGCCGUGGAGAUCUCCAGCAAGGAGCUGCUGCUGUGCUUCAGCUCCAUCGGGGUCUACGUGGACUCUCAGGGCCGGAGGUCACGGCAGCAGGAGCUCAUGUGGCCGGCUUAUCCCAACGCCGCCUGCUACAACGCCCCCUACCUGUCGGUGUACAGUGAGAACGCCGUGGAUGUGUUUGAUGUGAAUACCAUGGAGUGGAUCCAGACCAUUCCUCUGAAGAAGGUGCGACCUCUGAAUGUUGAUGGAUCUCUGAACCUGCUGGGCCUGGAAACGGUGCGCCUCAUCUACUUUAGAAACAAGAUGGCUGAGGGGGACGAGCUGGUCGUCCCGGAGACGUCAGACAACAGCAGGAAGCAGAUGGUGCGCAGCAUGAACAACAAGCGGCGCUUCUCCUUCAGGAUACCAGAGGAGGAGCGGCUGCAGCAGAGGAGAGAGAUGCUGCGAGAUCCAGAAAUGAGGAACAAGCUGAUAUCCAACCCCACCAACUUCAACCAUGUGGCCCACAUGGGACCAGGAGACGGGAUCCAGAUCCUGAAAGAUCUCCCCAUGCAGAACGUCCGUCUUCAGGAGACCCGGGCGGGGUUCAGCGGCUCCGUCAGCAUCCCCUCCAUCACCAAGAACCGGGCGGAGCCGGGCCGCUCCAUGAGCGCCAGCAGCGGACUGGGCAUACGCUCGUCGUCUCAGAACGGCAGCGCUCUGCGCAGGGAGCUGUCCGGGGGAAGCUACGGGUCCAAACGCCAGACCAUGACCUCGCCCUCCGAGAGCUCCCUGUCCUCCGGCGGGGGGAUGGACUGCGGCGACGCUCCGCUCUCCCAGUUCGACAGAGAGUGGCAGGCGGUCUCGCCGUCGGAGAAGACCCCCGAUCUGAAAAGGGCUUUAAGGACCCUCCUUAGUAAGAUGAAGGACUCGGACUCCCCCCGUCACUCCACGGCCUCCAACAGCUCCACCUUCAGCAGCCCCCCCAGCCCGGCGUCCCCACACAAGACCAAGUCCCUGUCCCUGGAGAGCACAGACCGGAUGGGCUGGGACACAUGAGCCCUCCCCACCGACCCCCUCUCCCCAUUCAGCACAGGACUCCCUAACCUCGCCCCUACACCACCCCCUCCUCCCGCCUCCACUGCCCAGAGAACUGCACCUCCCAUCCGCCGCUCCCUCCUCCUGAUGAACUGCCGCUGGACGUUGCUUCCUGAUUGGAUGGAAACACUACAACUCUGGGCCUUUUUGAGGGGAAACCCCCAAAUGAGUGAAUGAGAGCUGUGCUAUGAUUAUCCAGAAUGGACACUGACACUCUUCCCUACCCAGCCCCUCCUUCCCUCUUUAGAGAUUCGCAUAAAGACGCCAAACUUUACGACGCAACAGAAAAAAACAACAAGCGGAUUAUCGAUGAGAGAAAAAUUAUUUGUAUUUGUACAUAGGACCAGCCGGGUUUCAGGGGGACAAUUUUAAUUUAUUUAUCAAUCUUAGAUGGGGAAGGUUAGGUUUGCUUCCACGCGACAUGAAGCAAAUAUUUUCCCACAGUCGCUUUUUCUUUGGGUGUUGCGCAAAAUGUCACAUAUUAAAAAAAAAGGAAGUGAGAAAGAAAAGGAAUGAGUUUUAGUUUUCUCCUGAUACUCAGUGCAGUGACUUUAUAUUUUCUAAUUGUUAUUGUUAUUUUGAGCGUUAGCAAAAAACCUUCCUACUUCCUACUGUGCUACUCUCUUCCUCAUUGGUUCAUCCAGGGAGGCGUCCUCCGUCGUCGUAGCAUUAGACGUUCGUUCCACUUUGCUGUGCAACCAAACUGACCAACUCACUGACUCCCAUCGCGAUGAUGUACAUAGGUUCAAAGUAGAGUAAUAUAUGAUAAGGAAAAUACUAUAGAGAACUACACGGGGAAUGAGCAAAGAAAUCCUGAUUUGGUUUUCUGGUUUUUGUUUUGAGUGAUUUUGAGUUUUUAUUCACACAAAAAGCCAUUUUUAAACCACUUUGUGUUUUUUUUAAUCAGUUUUAUGAGUUAGUUUUAUAUUCUAUGUCUGACACGUGUUGUGUUUUUGGUUUUUGUGUUUUUCUCCUCCACCCCCCAUUUACGGACCGACACUACUGCUCAAACUAUCUAGUGGAAAAUGUGCAUUUCUCACCAACCUGCUAUCACACAUGUAUCUACGCUCUCGUACACUGAGGCGGUGGUUUUACGCAGCAAACGCCUCGUCCCUACGGCUCCUCUGGUCGUCCGAUGGGCGGUGGUACUGGGAUGGAAAAAAGGUUGACCCCUCUACCAAUGGAUAAGCUCUAAUUAACCAAAAACGGACAAAAGAGGGACAUUUUGGUAACAUGCUUUCUUUUGUCACAGCCUUUGCUUGUUAACAAUGUGCUAAAAUGUCCAUUAAAAGCUCUUGAUGGAAGUAGAACACUAAAACAAGGAAUGUAAACACUUAAACCAGCGCGUGACUGCGAUGUAUUUCUGAUUGUUUCGCUAAUACUAGCGAAGAGCUGGAGCUCUAAACUCGCUUGGUUUUGGGGGGAUGUUUUGGUUGUAUUUUACUGUAGCUGUUUAGCAGUUUCUGCCAUUUAUUUUGCCAGUUUUGAACCCCAUUUACAAAAAGAACAACUCAUGGAGCAGAAUCUGACAAUUUAUGGAGCAGAAUCUGACAGUAACCUGUGUGGAUUAGACACAAAUCAGACACAAUUUUCUGUUAUUUAAAACACAGAAACAUUCUUAAUACUAAUACAGUUUUCUUUUGGGUAAACUUAGAACAAACAUUCCUAUUGUACACAGUAUUUUCUCUUUUCCCCCCAUUGCAGAGUCCAAGUUGAAGCCUGUCGCGAUCAGCUCCAUAUAAGGGAAUCAAACAUUACAUACUUCAGUGGUCAUUCCUGCUGCUUCCCCCUUUUGAAAUCCAACAAAUUAGCUCUCCGUACCUCAUUCCAAGUGUUUUGUUUAUGGAUUUUAUUUUCUAUUGUGAUUUGAAGCUCAAAGCUUGUUUUCAACACCCUGAACCUUUUUAAGUGUGCAGCUCUCCAUUUCUCGCCUGCAAGUGGCGUCCAGUAGGAGGGACAGGAAGCAGACUUUGUUUGGGCGGGGGGUGUUUUAACAUCGGUCGAUAUGUUUAAAAAAUAAUAAUUUAAAACUGACUGAUCCCAGACGUUCUGGAGUGAGGAAGGAAAUCUCAGGAAAUGUGUCGAGGUCGGCCUAUGGGACGGACGGCGUGGGUCGAAGGGUGGCAGGUGAUCUGAUGGCCGAAGUGCCGCAGUUUUCUGUGGAGGAAGGCCUAAACGAAAUCAAACGCCUUUACAUUUCAGUGAGGUCUUAUCUAAAGUACCUUCUAUAAUAUUUUUGCUCUUUCAUAUCAUAUUACACUUUUUUUUUUCUAGGAUUGGUUUGUAAUAAUUUGUACAGUUUUGCAUGUUCUAGAUGUAAUCAUUUUAUUUUUGGUUUGUUUUACUUGCUCCUUUUUGGAUGGUUUGGGCGUUUUACUGAAGAUAACCCACUACAGGUGAUGUAGAUUCCUUUUUGCACAAAAAUAUUUAAGGUGUAAGGUCAAAAAUAAUGUAUGGAACUGGCUGCCACACCGAUGUGGAGAACUCAUAUUAACCUGACUCCGAUGUAUUUCAAUAAAGCGGAGGGCUGUUACAAAUACA